UGUACGUGAUACCCUCACCACAUAACCGGGAGUGCCUGCACCUGUACGUUAGCGGUUAGCCCUGGUCAAGAGUCUUCCCGGCGGCAAGACUCGUACGAAUUCAAUUCCCCUGCCAAGCCAAGACCGGCACCCACGGCCCCUAGGCUAGAAAAAGAGGAAAGGGCGCGCGCACGCGCGCUUGCGCUUAGCUGAAAAGAAGGCUGAAGCGAUAUGGAUCAUCUCGGCGGCAUCAGGCUGCGGAGGCCGGUGCUGUCGAUUGACAACGCGGAGCCCGCGGGGGAGACGGGGAUGAGCGAGACGAAGAAGAAGGCGGCGGCGGUGGCGGAGGAGGAGGAGGAGUUGCUGGAGGAGCCGGUGAGCCCGGCGGGGCGGCUGUUCCGGGAGCCGCACUUCAGCUGCUACAUCGUGUGCACGUUGGGCGUCGCCGAGCCGGUCGACCUGCCCGCCGUCCGCGCCGGCAUCGAGGCCACCCUCGCGCGCCACCCGCGCUUCUGCAGCAUCCAGGUGUUGGACGAGCUGGAUAAGAGCGCGAAGCCUAUGUGGGUCCGGACCAAGGUGAACCUGGACGACCACAUCAUCGUCCCGGACCUGGGCCCCACCGACACGUCGGCCGACCCGGAGAAGGCCGUGGAGGACUACGUGUCGUCGCUCUCCACGCCGUCCAUGCCCAUGGACCGCUCCCGCCCGCUCUGGGAGCUCCACGUCCUCGGCUUCCCCACCGCCGAGGCCGCCGCCACCGUCGCGCUCCGCAUGCACCACUCCCUCGGCGACGGCGUCUCGUUGCUCUCCCUCCUCAUCGCCUGCACCCGCCGCGCCGACGACCCGGACGCGAUCCCGGCGCUCCCGUCCUCCGCCGCCGGCCGCCGCCGCCGCGAGGGCCCGCUGCACGCGCUGCCGCCCCGCCCGCCGCUCGCCGCGGGCGCGCUCGCGCUCGCCGCGUGGGCGCUGUCCUACCUCGUGCUCGCGUGGCACACGGUGGUGGACGUGGUCUGCUUCACCCUCACGGCGGCGUCGCUCAUGGGCGACGCCCGCACGGUGCUCAAGGGCGACGAGGGCGCCGAGUUCCGGCCCAGGCGCUUCGUGAAUCGCACGAUCAGCCUCGACGACGUCAAGAACAUCAAGAACGCCGUGGGAUGCACUGUAAAUGAUGUGCUGGUUGGACUGAGUUCUGCAGCAUUGUCCCGGUAUUAUUUCCGGAGAACAGGUGAAAGUGAAGGAAAGAAGAACAUCAAGGUGCGAACUGCUCUCAUGGUCAACUUAAGGCCGACUCCUGGGCUACAUGAACUGGCAAAAAUGAUGGAGUCUGGCAAGAACAACGGCGUGAAAUGGGGGAAUCGGUUUGGCUACAUGAUACUGCCAUUCCACCUAGCCAAGCACGAUGACCCUCUGGAGUACGUCCGGAAAGCGACCAAGGUUACCCGCAGGAAGAAGAGCUCCAUGGAGGCGAUCUUCACCUACUGGAGCGCCGACAUGGUAGUCAAACUUUUUGGCAUCAAGGCGGCAGCUUCUCUCUGCUACGGAAUGUUCUCGAACACCACACUGUCUUUCUCCAACCUGGCAGGGCCAAGCGAGCAGAUCUUGUUCUGCGGCAACCCGAUCGUGUACAUCUCCCCAACCAGCUAUGGCCACCCGCAUGCCUUGACAAUGCAUUGGCAGAGCUACAUGAACACUAUAAAGCUAGCCCUUGCUGUAGAUGAGACACAGUUUCCAGAUGCUCAUGAGCUACUGGAUGACUUCACCGAGUCCAUGAGGCUCAUCCGGGAGGCAGCUUCAAGAGGGACAGACAAAGCACAGGAUGGUCCUUAAGUGUACAAAUGUCGAAUAUAUGCAAAAGAAAAUUGCUGAAGAUGAUUGAUGUAUUGUAAUUCUGAGUUCAAUUCUUUGUAAAGGAUAGAAGGAUCUAUACCAAAUCAAAGUAUGGAAGGAAGAAGAAGAAUUAGAUCUUAAGGGGAAAAGGAAGAAGAGUAUACAGAAACAGGUAUUCUCAUACUAUUAGUUAUACAGAAAUUACACAUCCACUGUCUGCAAAAUUCCUCCCUUUGACUCCUGCCAUAUAGGGGCGAUAUGAGAGCUGCUCAUAUUCAAGUAUUCAGAACAGUUGUCCAUAUAAUACAGCAGAACAGUUAGACAGAAAAACAGAGACUAUUCUAUAUCUUUCUUUAUUUUUUAUACAUCUUCUGAUGAAUUCCUACGGGAUGAAUUAUGGCUCUCUUGACUGAA